AUGCAAUUAAACUUGAACCUUUCUCAAUAUUUAGAGCUUAUUGGAUCUUCAUUGUUUUUAUUCUUCAACAUGAUAAUGCUUAUUAUUAUUCAAAAACUUUCAAGACCUGAAUACGGGUCCUACAAAAUUCUAAUGAUGGUUAUGACAAGUUUAUAUGUGGCAUAUUCUGCCAUUGAAAUUCUUGUUUUACCGAGUUAUUUCAUUUACGAAUACACUUAUUUUCUAUUUACUACUCAAUUUACACAAUAUCAAAACAUGUCUCAAAUUCUUAUAGUAACCUUUUGCUCAAUUUUCGCAUGUAUGCAAGUGGUUCGUGCUGCUCAGUUUAUAUACAGAUACUUUUCAGUUGCAAGUCUCCACUACCUCUGCGAUAAAUACUUCAAAGGAAAAAGGCACAUUGUUUGGGUAUCUGCUACUAUACUAUUUUUCCUGAACUGGUUUCUGGUUGCUUGGUUUGUUUACGGAAAUUAUGGAGUCUACCCAAAGGAAUUGGAAGAUGAGAUAUUUGAAAGAUUUGAUAAGAAUAUCAGUCAAAUUGCAUUUACACUGGUAUCCUAUGCUAAUCUUGAUGACAAGGGUCAAAUUGAGCUGAAUUAUCUCAAUAUUGCAAUGAUUAUUUACUUGAUUUUCUGUGCUUCAAUACCCAUGAUUAUUUCCCUCGUUUGCGGAAUAAAAACGUGGCUUCAAAUUCGUAGUGCAAUCGACAUAACAGAUAAAUCUAAAACUCUCCAAAAACAAGAACGCCAGCUAUUCACAGCUUUACUCAUUCAAUUCAUAAUACCUUUUCUCGGUAACACGGUCCCAAUGCUUAUACUUUUUGCUUGUCCUGCACUGCACAUUUCCACGGAGCCCUACACAAACUAUAUCAGCAUGUCUGUACCGUUUUAUCCUAUAUUUGACGCAAUUGCAACUACUUUCAUUAUUAAGGAUUACUACAGAGGAGUUUUGAAACUAUUCGGACUCGCAAAACAAACUCCUGACAUUUCUUCGACAAUUGGUUGA